AUGGUCGGUGAGAAUCCACCGCCACCGAAGCACGACGAUGAUCCAACAAACCACGAUUCACCCUAUUAUCUGCAUCCAUCGGAUUACCCGAAACAGAUGCAGGUAAACGAAAACCUCUCCGACAACAAUUUCAAUGACUGGCUCCAAGAAAUGACCAAUUUCUUGUUUGCCAAAAACAAAAUCGGGUUCUUUGACGGAUCCCUUGUCAAACCCAAGAAGACAGAUGCGAAAUACAUGAGCUGGAUGCGGUGUGACGCCAUGAUUAAAGGAUGGCUCACCACCGCAAUGGAGAAAGACAUACGCAGCAAUGUCAAGUAUGCGGGCACGGCGGCAGAAAUCUGGAGCGACUUACAAGAAAGAUUUGGGAAGGAAAGUGCGCCCCGAACCUACGAACUCAAGAGGGCGAUCACAACAACUCGGAAAAAUGGGUCCUCUGUCUCAGCAUACUUCACGAAACUGCAUGUGUUGUGGGACGAGAUGGACAACGUUUUACCAAAUCCACAAUGUGAAUGUGAAGGAUGUAACUGUGACCUCGGAAAAAAAUGGUUGCACUGA